AUGCCACACACGAGCCGCAAGAAGAAGACAUCUCAGAAUAAGCGCAGACAAGUUCUUGACGAUGAUGGCUGGACUCGGGUCACUACAGCUGGCGGAUUGACUGCCCCUGCCCUCCUAGUCAAGAAUGAGCUGGCUCAGGAUCAACAAAUGCUGCACUUUAAGUGGGGGAUUGGUGACAGAUCUGUGAACAUCCGUUCCUGGCUGCCUGGCCCGCACAAGAUCCACCCUGGAAUUUGCCUUGACAAAAUGCUGGCCAGAUAUCGCAUUUUGGAGGCAAAGUGGUUAGAAUCGACCAGCUACGCGGCCCUCAGAAUGGCUCUAAGCAAAGAUCGGGUAGCCCAACACCAGAGAGUGGUCAAAACAUGUCUCAUCUUCGGCUCUGGCAGUUUCUCUGCUGCGAUCAUAGGUCGUGAGGACGUUUCAUUCUAUCAACUCGCCGCCUUCAAGAGCGCAAUCGACUUAAUUGAGCAAGUCCAGGGUCAUCGCCCGGAGUCUUAUGCACAAGAGCCAUACUACACCGAGCUGGAUGUUGAGCUUCUGGGCACUCUAGGUAUAUCCACUGUCUCGCAUCCUCGAGGGUUUGAGUUAAUCAAUGACAAUGCCUUUGCAUAUUCCCCUUGUGCUGAACGGUGGGUAGAACUUCAGAUUAUGCACUCCCAGCCGACACUGUGGCUACAUGCACACCUCCAGGAUAGGUGGCCUCUCGAUAAGGAUGGGAAGCCUUCGAUAGUGCAACUCAGUAAUUGGAUGCUCAAUGGAAGGGUUCGAGAUCCUCAAAACCCGGACUGGAGCUCCUUGUAUGGCUCAGAACUGGACCCCGGCGUUGGAGAGAGACGGUUGCAAGAAGAGUAUGUCAUCAAUCAUCAAUUGUACGAGGCGUUCAAGCAGUCUCAUCAGUCUCUCCCUCUCCCAGACCUCAACGCCAACAAUUUCCCCUUUCAAUCAUGUGCCCUUCACUGGCCUGUAGAAGACGGUGAAAACACGGAAAAGGCAGCCACAAGUCCAAGACUUGAAGUCCAAGAACAACUAGGUCAAGGGUGA